CCAGGAUUUGGAAGGAACCGGAGGAGUAUGUUGAGAUUCACGGGAUGCCUCUUGAGCCUGGAACACGUGUUCCCUACCAGCGUGGGGUUGCAGACCUACCUGGCCUUCCUGAGUGGGAGGCAAACGGCGGGGUUGUUACGCUCGUCCCGGCAGGGGAGAACUCCUUCGUGUACAAGGAAGGCUACAAAGUGCGCACCUACUCGAGCAUCCUUGGAUGCAUUGUAAGAAAGCACUUCCCUGGGUUUGUGACCAUGCCUAAUGGUUGCAAGGAGGUAGCUUGGACUUGGGGCCACUACGCGCACGCACCUGAUCCAGAGGCCACACACACGAGGAGGCUCAAGAACUGCCAGAGUAGGGUGAUCCGUGAAUUUUGGACCUACUUUACUAUGGACCCCGAUUCUAAGCGCGAUGAUUGCAUACAAGUGGCCGGCAACAUAGCGCGGAAGAAAGUGACUGAUGCGCACUAUGAGGGGCGUGUUUUGUCCAUCCGCAAUUGGUAUGCUGAGAAACGCAAGCUCCGGAUGCGGAAGGAUCAAGCCCGAGAAAUCGUGAACUUCCAGCCGUGGCAGUACUUGCAGUGCCCUCCUCCGUACGUAGGUCACGCUAGACCGCAAGUCUGGCACGCGAUGGUCCGUCACUACACAAGCGCCGCGUACAAGAGGAAGCACGAAGAACAAAAGAUAAAGAGAGCCGAGAUGGGAGGCGGAUCACACACGCAAGGCAGCGUCCCCCUCGCAGUAUGCAAGCAGAAAAAGGAAAAAGAGACAGGCGUGAAGUCCUCGUUAUUCAAGAUCUGGGGCGACCACCGCAAGAAGACGGACAAAAAAGACGGGACGGUGAAGUGGGUUAGCAAGAUCGCCGAAGUCAAGGACAAGAAGUACCGGUCCAAGUUUGCCCACACUCAUGGCGACGAGGCGAACCCCGAGACCGAGCCAUUUGACCCCGAGGUUGCCAUGCGUGCGGGAGAGGGCAAGAAGCAUGGUCGCUUGUUUGUCUGUGAUGGGGCCGUCGAUCCCAAGACCAUCCCGUCUUUGAGACAGAUAAAAGGUGGCAACACGAGCUCCUCGCCUGCCGUAGAGCCCCGCCCGACGCCGUCGUCUAUAGCCAUUGACGCGAUCCGGGCUGAAUUGGAGGCUGAGAAGGCACAGAGGGAGAAGGCUGAGGCCCUCCUUACUCAGAACCAGCAGCAGAUGGCGAUGCAGCAGCAGAUGAUGUUCUGGAUGACACGGAAGCUCACUGCCCACGAUGCCCACUUAUCGGCCUCUAUGCCGAGUGGCACCACUCUUCCUCCGCUUGAUCCACCUCCUUUUGACAUCAACACAUGGCUACAUGCCUCAGGUGGAUCCAACAACAUUGAGCUCCAUCGAUCAUCCACUCAGGAUGGGAAUGACAACUUGAUGACGCCGCCUACAGGGGGACAGCCUAGCUUGAACAACCUCGGCAUCGUCCGCCGGCUUUAAACCUCAACAUGAAGGAUGAACUCUUAGAUCUUCGGGUGUUGGGCAAUGUGUCAAUGAAUUAUGAACCCAUGCACUUGUCAUGCACUAUUUGUGGUUAUGGAACAUGUAUUAUGCACUAUUUGUGGUCAUGGAUCUUGUAUUAUGCACUAUUUGUCAAUGUAUUAUAAAUCUAUGUUGGCUUUGAUGCAAA